GUCUUACACCAAACAUUCUGUUUGAUAUUGGUUAUGGCGAAGAAAAUUCAUGACAAAGUAUAGAUGUCUAACAAAAUAACAACAAAACUAAGAACACUUCGCAUCAGCAUUCCUUCCUUAUAAGAUGGAUGUUCUUUGCCUUUUAUGAAGUUACGCUCGAACAAACCAUAUUAAGCCGUGGUAUAUAGCUACAGAAGGUGGUUCCGGUAUCGCUUCCUUAAAUUAACGUCUUGGAAUGGUAGAACAACAGUAAGCAUUUCCGAAAGAGGGAAACGUAUGUUCUGUUGGUAAAAUUACCCAGUCAACAUAUACACGCCAAGGCUAGAAGAUAGGUAAUACGAGUGGGUUGCGAUAGCAACUGGUAACUUUCAUACGACCAAAGAUGCGCGAAAUUGCUCAUAUUCAAGCUGGACAAUGUGGAAACCAAAUAGGAGCGAAGUUCUGGGAAGUAAUUUCUGAUGAACAUGGCAUAGACCCGACUGGCACGUACCAUGGAGAUUCUGAUUUACAACUGGAACGCAUAAAUGUGUACUACAACGAAGCAACAGGUGGGAAAUACGUACCACGAGCCAUUCUCGUGGACCUGGAGCCUGGUACUAUGGAUUCGGUCAGAUCUGGGCCAUUUGGACAGCUAUUUCGCCCAGAUAAUUUCGUAUUUGGGCAGAGUGGAGCAGGCAACAAUUGGGCGAAGGGACAUUACACGGAAGGAGCUGAACUGAUGGAUUCCGUGCUUGACGUUGUGAGGAAAGAAGCAGAAAGUUGUGACUGCCUUCAAGGGUUCCAGCUAACACAUUCUCUCGGUGGUGGAACUGGUUCUGGCAUGGGAACGCUGCUGAUAUCGAAAAUAAGAGAGGAGUACCCUGACCGCAUUAUGAACACUUUCAGUGUUGUGCCAUCACCUAAGGUCUCUGACACAGUUGUCGAACCAUAUAAUGCGACCCUCUCCGUCCAUCAGCUGGUUGAGAACUCUGACGAGACUUACUGCAUCGACAACGAGGCUCUGUAUGAUAUAUGCUUCCGUACAUUAAAACUCACUACUCCGACUUAUGGAGAUCUCAACCACUUAGUGUCUGCAGCAAUGUCCGGGGUAACAACAUGUCUCAGGUUCCCAGGUCAGUUAAAUGCUGAUCUUCGCAAGCUUGCAGUAAAUAUGGUACCAUUUCCUCGCUUACAUUUUUUCAUGCCUGGGUUUGCUCCCUUAACAUCACGUGGUUCUCAGCAGUACAGAGCUUUAACUGUACCAGAACUCACACAGCAGAUGUUUGAUGCAAAAAAUAUGAUGACAGCUUGUGACCCCAGACAUGGCCGAUAUCUCACUGUGGCAGCCAUCUUCAGAGGGCGUAUGUCUAUGAAAGAGGUGGAUGAACAGAUGCUAAAUGUCCAGAACAAGAACAGCAGUUAUUUUGCUGAGUGGAUUCCAAACAAUGUUAAGACUGCAGUGUGUGACAUACCGCCUCGUGGUCUUAAAAUGUCAGCAACAUUUAUUGGGAAUUCCACAGCUAUUCAAGAACUCUUUAAACGCUUAGGUGAGCAGUUUUCAACAAUGUUCAAACGCAAGGCUUUCCUUCAUUGGUACACUGGUGAAGGUAUGGAUGAGAUGGAGUUUACGGAGGCUGAGUCGAACAUGAAUGACUUAAUUAGUGAAUAUCAACAGUACCAGGAAGCAACAGCUGAAGAAGAGGGAGAAUUUGAUGAAGAGGAAGAAGGAGAAGGAGAAGAAGCAUAAUUUCCAAAUUUUCAUGACAAUUUUCAUGUAUGUCCAUUAAUUCACAGUUUUUAGUGUUGUUCAAUCAAAUUAAAACCUGUUAACUUAUUGUUGAAGAUCUGAAUAAAUAAACACUCAUCAACCUU